CGAGGUUGUCCCACGUCCUCAACCUCAGACGACGACGACGACGACGACGCACCCGUGAGCAGACACAGAAUGAGCUCGAACACCCGCAAUGCAAGAUCGGAGACCUCAAAUGAGAACCUUCACACACUCCUUGACGGCGUGGUCAUUACCUUGAAUAUUGCCAAGGACGCGACUGCGGCAUUUCCGCCCCUCCAGUCCGCGGUCGGAGGAGUUGUCGGAAUCAUCGGUGUCGUGAAGAAAAUGGGAGCAAAUAUCGGCCAGGUCAAGCUCCUCGAGCAAUAUGCCAGUCAGCUGUCCACCACUCUGCAAAACCCUAUCUUCAAGAAUCAGGAGGCGUGCCCGGAAGAUUUGCGCCGGCGUAUUGAUAUCCUCGAGAGGCAGCUGAAUGAGACGACGAAGGAGAUCCGCAAGUUGGCCUCCCGCUCCAAACUCAGGCGAUUGUUCAGGUCAGAUACGCACGCUGGGAUCAUAGACGAACACACCACGAAGAUCUCUCGGGCCUUCGAGGUGUUCCUGAUCGGGGGGAUAAUGAACGUCGAGGUUGGUGUGAACGAGAUAUUGAGCCGCCUCGACAAAGUCGACAUACGGCCCCCCGAUAAGAGUCAAGCAUUCGCUGGCCAUAGUAUCCCGCGCUACGCCGUUGCUGCCCGUUUUGACCACCCUAGCCAACGCGCUACCUGCGAGGGACGAACACGAUCGGAGACUCUGAACACCAUCUACUACUGGUUCCUCCCGAACCAGGCUGGAGGACGGAUACCCGAGGACAUUCUGCAGCCACCGAGGGUAGACGCGCGACUAUUCUUGCUUACCGGGCAGGCCGGAUCGGGCAAGUUGACCAUCGCACAGACCGUGGCGGCAUGGUGCUCAGAGCUCGGGUACCUUGGCGCGAGCUUCUUCUGUUCUAGGGACAACCAAGAAUGCAGUGAUAUUCAAAUGAUAUUCCCUACAAUUGCCUACCAGCUUGGUCUGCGUGACCGCAGAUUCCCGGAGAAGAUUGCAGAGGUCAUGAGGCAGGACCCCGACAUCCAGACAUCUCUUGUCUCCCGCCAGCUCAAGCGUUUGAUUGUUGACCCCCUGCGAGAGCUGCCGACAUUCCCAGAUUGUGCAGUUGUCAUCGACGCACUAGACGAGUGUAAGGACGCUGAGACGACGUCUCUCAUUGUCCGGGCGCUGUCAGACCAUGUCUCUGGCCUGGCUCCCUUGAAGAUUUUCCUGACCAGCCGCCCCGUCCUGAACAUUACUUAUGGCUUCCAUUCAACCGGCCUACUCAACGCGACGCAGCACAUCAUUCUCCAUGAGGUGCCGCCAGACACCACCGAGCGCGACAUUGAGAUCUUCCUGCAGAAGAAGAUGACCGACGUCCGGGAGAGAUACGGCUUGGACAGGUCUUGGCCUACAGCAGAAUGGGUGGUGCGACUAGUCAAGCUUUCGAACAGAGUGUUCAUAUAUGCCGCUACUGCUAUACACUUCAUCGAGGACGCCAAUGCCAGCAACCCAGAUGGUCGUCUUCGAUCACUGCUCGAGGGCCAAGGAGAGUCAUCCACAAGUGUAGCAAUGCCCUUCUACCAGCUGGACAAGCUGUACCUCCAAGUUCUGAAAAGUGCAUAUCCGGAUAUCACCCAAGAACUCAAAUUGCGGUUGAAGAUCAUUCUCGGCACACUCGUCCUCAUCCGUGAUCGCCUGUCGCCGAAUGCUAUCGAUAUGCUCAUGCACCUCAAACGUGGAACGACUCGGACUACACUGACUCACCUUCAGUCGGUCGUCAUGGUUCCCGAUGACAAUAACGCCGUGAUCAGCCUUAUCCACCCUUCAUUCCAUGACUUCCUUACUGACGGAAAUCGAUGCCGCGACCCCGAUCUGUUGGUCAAUCUUUCAAUCCAACAUGGACUCAUUGCACAGCGGUGCCUCGAAAUCAUGAUCGGCGGGCUGCGGAUGGACAUUUGCAAGAUCGGGCGAAGUGUACUGAACUCGGAGGUGCCUGGGCUUCCGGAGCUUGUGGCGGAGCACAUCCCCCCGGCCCCGGAGUAUGCCUGUAGUUACUGGACACACCAUGCCUUCCAUGGUGAAGUCGACAACAAGCUGCUUGGCUUGCUCAUCAAGUUUAGCGAGAGUCACUUGCCGAACUGGCUGGAAGUAAUGAGCCUCCUUGGCGGCUCGAAGUUAAGCAGUGCGGUCUCAGCAUUGCAGAUGCUCCACAAGAGAUUGCUUGGCUUAUCCCUCCCACACUCUGACCUCACCGCAUUGUUGUAUGAUUGCCUACGAGCCACACAGCAAUCAUUCCCAGGCCUCAGUAUUUCAUGUCUCCAAGCACACUCUGGCCUCAUCCCUUUCUGUCCCACAUCUAGCAAACUCAGGGAGUACUACACUGUGCAAGGAAUUGGACAUCCAAAGGUGCUCAGUGGACUCCAGCAGCAUUGGGAUCCAUGCAUCCUCACUAUCGAAGGCCAUUUAACAUUCUCAGUGAAUGCUGUGUGUUUCUCAUCUGAUGGCCGGCACAUUGCCUCUGCAGGCUCUGACAAGACAGUCAAGUUAUGGGAUGCUGCCACAGGCUCCCAUCUUCACACCCUAGAAGGACAUGAGGACACGGUCCAAUGUGUGGCAUUCUCACCCAAUGACCAACAUAUUGCUUCGGGCUCUGAUGACAAGACUAUCAUUAUUUGGGAUGCCGCUAUCGGCCAACACCUCCACACUCUGACAGGUCACACCAAUAUUGUCACGGCUGUAGACUUCUCUCUGGGCGGGGACGUUGCAGUUCUCGCCUCUGGCUCCCAUGACCACUCGACACGGAUCUGGGACCUCAACAACAACAUCGGCUUGUCGAGGACCCUGUCUCCCACACACACAUCUUAUGUCAAAAGUGUCAGGUUCUCCCGAUCUGGAUCACUGCUGGUUUCGUGCAGCCUGGACGGUGCAUGCAAAGUCUGGAGAUCAGGUGCUUGGACAUGCGUCGCACAAUUCAACCAUCCUGAACACACCGCCAUACUUUCCCUUGUCAUCUCGCCCGAUGAAGCUAUCUUUGCUUCGGGACAAGGACACCCAGCCAAGGACAUUCUUUUACAUUCUACUGCUGACGGCCGCUGCUUCUGCACACUCCAAGGCCACACAUCCGACGUGUGGUCUCUCGACUUCUCUCCCGACAGCACUACCCUUGCCUCCGGCUCAGAAGACCGUACCAUCAUUCUGUGGGAUGUGGCCAGUGGUUCCACCCUCCGCACUUUGAAAGGGCACUCCAGCCAGGUGUACAGCCUCAGAUACUCCCCCGAUGGCCAGCGGAUAGCCAGCUGUGGCUAUGACCAUAGCAUCCGAAUCUGGGACCUGUCUCUGUUGUCGACCGAGAGGGUGCGCGAGUCCGCGAGGAAGAAGCUGAAGGAGAGAUUGACCCGGGGCCAUGGGUCGGGGAUGCACAGGAGUGCUGGCGCCGAGCCUCAACAUUUGUCGAAUGUACGCUCUGCGACGUUCUCACCUGACGGACGGAUCCUUGCCACCGGGUCGCGAGACACUACGAUUCGUCUAUGGGAUACUGCGAGCGGCGCUCAGUUGCGAGUACUCGAAGGUCAUCAAGGCGUUGUCUCGUACCUAUCAUUCUCCCCCGACGAAAAGACGCUACUCUCGUCAGAAUACGAGCCCUACUACUCGUCCGAGGUGGCUCUCCGUUUAUGGGAUGUAAAGAGCGGUCGAUGUGAGCAGACGUUCACUGGGCAUGAGCGGAACGUGGUCCAGGCGAAGUUCUUUCCCGACGGGAAGCGAGUGAUCUCGUGUUCGGACGAUGGCAGCAUCCGCGCUUGGGAGGUCGGCCAGUCGAGGACGCGCAGCGUGGAAUCGCGCGUCGUCUACCAAGACCGAAGCCUCAGUAUAUACUCCGUCGCUGUCUCUCCUGAUGCCAGCCUGGUGGCGUUUGGCUGCUGGAGUGACGAACCGGAUGACCAUACACUUGGGCUAGUCAGCCUGACGACGCCACAAGCGGUCCGCUUGGUGCGGUAUGAGCGUGCGCACGGCGCGCCCACAGCACUCGCAUUUUCCAAGGACGGCAGUCGUCUCCUGGUUGCCUCCAGUGGCGGUACAGUGAAGCCUACCGUUACUCUUUGGGGCAUCCAUGCAGGGAGUCGAGCCAGCCCGGCGGCCGUUGACACCACAUUGGAAGCGACCUUCCUGGAUUGCUAUGACGGUGAGGACUGGGCGGAGAAUAUCGCGUUUUCAUCUACUGAGACGUCUUUCGUCACGGACGCCACCAUGGGUGUCAUCUCGCCCCAGCACCGGCCCCGCUCAGCCUCGCAGGAUGACAGUUUGGACCCUGCAGAGUACGCAUUCUGCCUAGCCGAUAACUGGCUGUGGUAUGUAUCUGCUACCGAGAGGCGCAGGCUAUGCUGGGUCCCGGCCGCCUUCCGACUUGUGCGGCAGCUCGAUAUCGCUUACCGAGGAUCCAUUGCGGUGUAUCGUGAUGUUGUAGCCUUUGGUACGGAAAGUGGUCGAGUUGUCAUCUUGGACAUGACUCCUUGCUUGCCUCGCACUUGCUGAGGGAUAAUAGGACAUGUAUUUGGCUAUGGGCAUAUGAUCAUUUUCAAUAUGGACCAAGCUUGCGUCUCGCGUUACGUUCAGUAGCACACACAGGAAUACGACAUGUAUGUAUAGUUUACACCCAGAUGCAUGAGCGACUCCAAGAACGGGACAACCAUAUGAGCAGACCGGGAAACACAGAAGAGCAGAGUCAUCCAAUAAGCGUCCUCGGUCAGAUAGCGAGCUCGACAGCCCGUCCUCCCAACUUCAGACCGGAAGCUUGCGCUCAUGAAGGAGGCACUCGUCAUCGUGCUCUGCGACGAUGGCGCCGAGCCGAGCCCCUCCACCAAUUUGUCAGAGAAUUGUUGAUGCAGUGUCUGAGCGUCGAGCGGCACGGGGGAGGCAACGGCGGCAGCGGCGAGCGCUUCGAAGUUGAGGGACAAGCGCAGCACCGGAGGCGCCACUCGCAGCAUCUUGUACUUCGUCUAAACGUCCGCUCCUAUUGAGAUAGUGCUUGUGCACGAUAGAUCAUUGUGCGAAGGCAUAGGCAAUGCGCGAAACGGUGGCUGGAAAUGUUUGUGGCGAAUGUUGGGUGCAGAUGCAGGUGCCGUUCGGGGGUGAGCGACGGGGACAAGACGUCGAUGAUUUCGAUGUACAUCGUCACGAAGAGACUUAUCUUGCCGUUCAGCUCGUCCGUCCACCAGCCAUCGAGGUCCCCGAUAAGUUCCUCGGCCUGAUCUCUAGCCUUGACGCUCAACUCGCCCUGCGACACGGCCAGGGAUUGGUGCAGCACAAGUGCGACCAUCAUCGUUGGUAGGCGGAUCGAGCCCGAUGGCAGCAGUGCCAAGAUAGUACCAGCGACGCAUCCGGGGCAGGGUUAGCCUUCGUUGGGGACGAGCGGGAGGACGUGGUUCGGUGCCAUGCCUUCCGCGUGCAUCGACGGGCUUGUCUUUCUCCCUGCAGAUUUCGCUUCACGCCCAGCCUUUGAAUUACGCGUUUGUCCGUCUCCCGCCCUAUCCUCGUCUUUGCUCGUCCCAACGCUUGCGGCACUGAUGGCUCGUUUCCAUUCGUCGCGAAUGCCGGGCGUAGGCCUUGAGCGGCGAUUGAUCGGAUGUCCGAGUGGUCUUGUGCGAGGAAGGCACUACUCGCGUCGGUCGACACGGCAGUAGCACGAGGACGAUACCGGUGGUGAAGACGGCGAUGACAUUACAACCGUCAUCCACGCGUGCUCGUUCGUCAGGACAGAGAGAGCUUGUGAGACGCUCAACAGCCAGGUCAAGGCAUGUGAGACCGUGGUCUUAUCUGC